AUGGCGACUUCAGGCGAGCCACAGCCUCGAAAUGCGGCACAGUCACAGUCUGUAACAGUGCCACAACCUGUACUAACACCAAGACUGCCCCUCGACAUCCUCUAUCACAUCGGAUCUCUUCUGGCUGCCGAGAUCGUCACUGAGCAUGAGCACCAAAUAGACAGCAACAGUUCCUGCGAUUGCUGCAUGGACAAGGCGUCAGCCACUCUCUCCAGACUGACAUAUACCUCCAAAGCCACCAGGGAUGUCUUGGAACCCUUGCUCUAUCGGAAUCUCAUCUUGACAAAUCCCCAGGAUGUCACAAACAUUUUCAUCAAUCUCAUUCAAAGGCCUGAACUUCGCCAACAUGUUCAGUACAUUCUUUGCUAUGCUGAUUUGGUGGGACUUCGGGUCAGGAAACUCGAAAUGCCCGAAUGCAAGAAGAUUUGGUCAAAGCGAUGUCCUUCCGACAAACCUGCUCUGAUGCGUCUUCUCGAUGGCGCUGGUCUUCACAAACUCGCUUGGUCGGCUUGUAUGCUUGAGCGAACAAAACAGCGAUUCAUGUUUUCUCCCGACUUCAAGCAUGAUGGCAUUCUGGAACUGCUGUUUGCCUCUAUUCUCUUCUUGUCGCCAAACGUCACCAGCUUUACCUGGCGGGAUUGCAACAACAAUCCAAAGGCCUUCAUACUGGAUCACAUUAUGUGCAAGGCGGUGCAUGAUGGCCUCCCUCUCAUGCCAAAGCUGCAGAAACUCAGCACCGAAAAGGCGGAGUUUGAGGAGAGCAAGCAAGCACAAUUCUUCACCCCGCACAUCAACCUGUGGGAGAAUCUGUACAGCCUACAACUCAACGACAUCGACUUGGACAUGGAGUUCGUUCUGAUGCUUUUUAAUGGAAGUUUCAAGGAGAACCGGCCCGUGAGAGAACUUAUCGUUCGCUGUGUGGCUGGUUCAGAGCGACCAGAGAGCUUGACUUCGUUCCCACCAGGUUUCGAACUGGCAUCGACAAUGCUUCUGGGGGACAAGAAUCUCGAUACGUACAAGGACCAGUUCAAAGCCUUCCCUAACCUCAACCUCCUCGAUGUCACUUUUGUCUUUCACAGAGGACGCAUGGAAGAAGGUUCACUCACUUUGAAGGCUUUCCUACACGCCGUUGGAUCACCCAAGCGCCUAUGCUUGAACGGCCAUCCUCUACCGACUUCGACUCUAGAUACUGGCGUCACACACUCGAGACUCAAGUACCUCAAGGUCCGGGAAUUCCAGCUAAACGCCCUUGCAAAGACAACAUCUAAGGAUAACCUCAUCGCGGGGCUCAAUCAAUUCUGGAACAAAAAGUCCAUGAUCGUACCUAACCUUGAGGAGAUUGACUGGGAUCACUACAAAUUCAAGAGACAAGACAUGGAGGGCGAAGAUAAAGCCGUUUGGGAACUUAUUGGAGAAGAGGAGUGGGAAGAUGAUUCGGGGUCUGAUGAGGACGACGAUGAAGACGAUGAAGCACUUUGGUACUCUAUGGGAAGGGGUGAUAUAGAUGCAUUUGUAGAGAAUGCAAUGGAUGUAGAAGACAUGUGGGAUGCCUGGGGACCUUAG